UUCAAUUCCCAUUGACGCCCACAAAUUUUAUACACCCACGUAUAGGUCUGGGGCUGUAAGUGCUCCAGAAUAUCCAAAACCAACCGAACCCACCACCCUAAUCAUGGAUAAAACAGUGCCCGGUUAGUUGUGGGUUCUACUUUUAAUUUUCAGGCCAAAACGUUUGCAGAAUUUCAUAAAAUUGCCGUGGCUAGGCUAGGAUCUUCCUUGAACUUAAAAGUUUGUGACUUUGAGAAAAUCCCAGAGUUUUAGUGCCAUCUUCUACGAUCUUCAUCCAACACUGGUGCUGCUUCUCCCGUGACUCUGGGAUUUGCAGGGAAGGUUAAUAGAUGGAGAAGCUUUGGUCUAUGUUCUGUGGCGCAUCAGGUUGUACAGAUCAGAAUGGGAAGCCCUGUGUUGCUGAUUUGGUGCUUGUUACUCAUCCUUCCUCCUGUAUCAAUAACAUGUUGAUGAUAUGUUUUGAUGUUAUUCUUUUGCUUGUGCUUCUAUUUGUUGUGCUCUCCAAGUCCACAUUAAAACCUACGAGCUCUCGUGGCAUUGGCAUUAGUCGUUUGCAAUUGAUCUGUGCCAUCUUUAAUGGUUUAGUGGGUGUGAUAUAUUUGUCAUUGGGAAUUUGGAUUUUAGAAGAGGAAGUUAGGAGAACCCAGAGCAUGUUGCCUAUGCAUUGGUGGUUACUAAUGUUGUUUCAUGGGAUUGCAUGGUUAUUAUUGAGUUUGACUUUCACUCUUCGUGGAAAAUACUUUUCACAAACAUCACUAAAGCUUUUCACCAUUCUUGCCUUGGUGUUUGCUGGAAUUUCUUGUUGUUUCUCUCUCACCAUUGCUAUUGUUUACAAAGAAACAACUGUUAAGAUAGCUUUAGAUGUACUGUCUGUCAUAGGAGCAAGUUUAUUGCUCUUAUGCACUUACAAGGGCUUUAGAUUUAGUGAAAAUGAUCUUUAUGCUCCAUUAAAUGGUACUGCCAAUGGAAGCAACAAGAUUGAUCAUGUAGGAUCAGUCAGUAAGUUUGCUGAAGCGGGGACUUUGAGCACAAUGACUUUCUGGUGGUUGAAUUCAUUGAUGAGACUUGGGAGGGCGAAAACUCUUGAGGAUGAUGACAUUCCCAAAUUGCGUGAGCAGGAUAGGGCAGAGUCAUGUUACUUGAUGUUUAUGGAGUUACUGAACAAACAGAAACAACGGGAUCCUUUGUCCCAACCUUCAAUCCUGAAGACGCUAAUAAUGUGCAACCAGAAAGAGCUCUUUGUGUCAGGAUUUUUUGCGAUGCUAAAAAUUAUUACGGUUUCUGCUGGUCCUAUGAUUCUUAAUGCCUUCAUUGAGGUUGCAGAAGGAAAUGCAAGUUUUAAAAACGAGGGAUACAUUUUGGCUGUACUGCUUUUCGUUGCAAAGUGCUUGGAAUCUUUAUCGCAAAGGCAGUGGUACUUUAGAUGCAGACAAAUUGGGCUAAAAGUGAGGUCAUUACUAACAGCCGCCAUAUAUAAGAAGCAAAUGCAAUUAUCCAAUGCUGCCAGGCUAACACAUUCUAAUGGCGAGAUUAUGAACUAUGUCACUGUGGAUGCCUAUCGCAUUGGAGAGUUCCCGUUUUGGUUGCACCAAACAUGGACUACAAGCCUUCAACUCUGCUUUGCACUUGCAAUUCUCUUUCAGGCCGUAGGGCUUGCAACCUUUGCAUCCUUAGUAGUAAUAAUACUAACAGUGCUCUGCAAUGCUCCCCUCGCAAAAUUGCAGCACAAAUUCCAAUCCAAGUUGAUGGAUGCACAGGAUGAAAGGCUUAAGGCCAUGUCAGAAGCUCUUAUGAAUAUGAAGGUUCUAAAAUUGUAUGCAUGGGAAACUCAUUUCAAAAACGUCAUCGAGAGUAUGCGGAAAGUAGAAGAAAAGUGGUUAUCGGCUGUUCAGAUGCGUAAAGCAUAUAAUAGCUUUCUAUUUUGGUCCUCGCCUGUAUUGGUGUCAACUGCUACUUUCGGAGCGUGCUACUUUCUUGGAGUUUCAUUGCGUGCAAGCAAUGUGUUCACCUUUGUAGCAACUCUUCGCCUGGUUCAGGAUCCUAUAAGAACAAUUCCUGAUGUGAUUGGUGUGGUGAUUCAAGCUAAAGUUUCAUUUGUAAGAAUUGUUAAGUUUCUCGGGGCACCUGAGCUGGAUAAUGCAAAUGUUAGACAGAAGCAUAAUGUCCAAAAUGUUGCAAGUUCUGCAAUAUGUCUGAGGUCAGCUAAUCUUUCGUGGGAAGAAAAUCCACUAAAACCUACGCUUCGAAACAUCAAUUUGGAGGUUCGCCAUGGUGACAAGGUUGCUAUAUGUGGGGAGGUUGGCUCAGGGAAAUCAACUCUUCUGGCAGCAAUUCUAGGAGAAGUUCCAAGCAUCCAGGGAAUUGUUGAGGUAUAUGGAAAAAUUGCCUAUGUUUCUCAAUCAGCGUGGAUUCAGACAGGAACCAUUAGGGAUAAUAUUCUAUUUGGUUCUUCGAUGGAUAGCCAGAGAUACCGGGAAACCUUAGAGAAGUGCUCACUAGUAAAGGAUCUUGAGCUGCUACCCUAUGCAGAUUUGACUGAAAUAGGAGAAAGAGGAGUCAAUCUUAGUGGCGGUCAGAAGCAACGGAUCCAACUUGCUCGUGCUCUAUAUCAAGAUGCUGAUAUCUAUCUAUUGGAUGAUCCUUUCAGUGCUGUUGAUGCACAUACUGCUACCAGCCUAUUCAAUGAAUAUGUCAUGGGAGCUCUCUCGGGGAAGACUGUCUUGCUUGUGACCCAUCAAGUUGAUUUUCUUCCGGCAUUUGAUAUUGUCCUGUUAAUGUCAGAUGGCGAAAUUUUACAAGCGGCUCCCUAUCAACAGUUAUUGGCCUCGAGCAAAGAAUUUCAAGAGCUAGUCGCUGCACACAAAGAAACCGUGGGUUCUGAAAGGCUUGCAGAGGUUACUUCUUCGCAAAAGAGCGAAAGAUCUACAAGAGAAAUUGGAAAGACACAACUCGAGAACCAAACUAAAGACUCUACAGGUGAUCAACUUAUUAAAAAAGAAGAGAGAGAAGUAGGGGACACCGGACUUAAGCCUUAUUUGCAGUAUCUAAGCCAGAACAAGGGCUACCUGUUCUUUUCCACCGCGGUUCUGUCACACAUUAUAUUUGUGAUUGGCCAAGUAUUACAGAACUCGUGGAUGGCUGCAAAUGUUGAAAAUUCUCAAGUUAGUACUUUGAAGCUAAUCGCGAUUUACUUGUUAAUUGGAGUCGCCUCAAUGGUAUUCUUGCUGACUAGAUCUCUAUCGACGGUUACUCUGGGUGUGCAAUCAUCGCACUCUUUGUUCUCACAACUUUUAACCUCUCUUUUCCGUGCACCAAUGUCAUUUUAUGAUUCCACACCACUAGGAAGGAUACUAAGUCGGGUAUCGGUAGAUUUGAGUAUUGUUGAUCUGGAUGUUCCGUUUAACUUAAUAUUUGCAAUUGGAGCAAGCAUAAACUUCUAUUCUAAUCUUACAGUGCUAGCAGUUGUUACCUGGCAAGUCUUGUUUGUCUCCAUACCAAUGGUUUAUCUUGCCAUUCAAUUACAGAGAUACUACUUUUCAUCUGCCAAAGAAUUGAUGCGUAUUAAUGGGACUACCAAAUCGUUUGUUGCAAACCAUUUAGCCGAAUCUGUUGCUGGGGCGAUGACAAUUAGGGCAUUUGAACAGGAGGAUAGAUUCUUUGUGAAGAAUCUCAAGCUAGUUGAUAUAAAUGCUAGCCCCUUUUUCUACAACUUUGCAGCAAACGAGUGGUUGAUUCAAAGGCUAGAAGUAAUCAGUGCGACUGUUCUUGCCUCAUCUGCACUUUGCAUGGUUUUGCUUCCUCCCGGGACUUUUAGCUCAGGUUUGCUGCCUAAAUUUAUCUUUAAGACUGGGCUCCUGAUAAAUUUUUGUUUUCUAAAAAUCAUCCAUAACGUUGCAGGCUUCAUUGGGAUGGCGUUAUCUUAUGGUCUAUCGCUAAAUAUGUCCCUCGUCUUUUCUAUCCAGAACCAGUGCACUAUCGCAAACUAUAUCAUUUCAGUGGAAAGACUAAAGCAAUACAUGCAUGUACCAAGUGAAGCUCCUGAGAUCAUAGAAAAGAAUCGCCCUCCAGUGAAUUGGCCGACUAGGGGUAAAGUGGAGAUUGAAGAUUUGCAGAUCCGGUACAGGGAAGACACCCCACUUGUUCUACGUGGAAUUAGUUGCACCUUUGAAGGAGGGCACAAGAUUGGCAUUGUAGGCAGGACUGGGAGCGGGAAGACCACACUUAUCGGUGCUCUCUUUCGCCUCGUUGAGCCAGCAGGCGGCAGGAUUGUGGUGGAUGGAAUCGACAUAUCUAAGAUCGGGCUCCAUGAUUUGAGGUCUCGUUUCGGGGUUAUACCACAAGAUCCUACUCUUUUCAAUGGAACAGUGCGAUACAAUCUAGACCCCCUCUCUCAGCAUACUGACAACCAAAUAUGGGAGGUUCUUGAAAAGUGCCAACUAAAGGAGGCCGUGGAGGAAAAGGAUAAAGGGCUCGACUCCUUGGUUUUGGAAGACGGAUCAAACUGGAGUAUGGGACAAAGACAGUUGUUUUGUCUUGGCCGUGCUUUGUUAAGGAAAAGCAAGAUUUUGGUGCUAGACGAAGCCACUGCAUCAAUUGACAACGCCACAGACAUGAUUCUGCAGAAAACAAUCAGAACAGAAUUCGCCGAUUGUACUGUGAUCACAGUUGCCCAUAGAAUACCCACAGUUAUGGAUUGUACAAUGGUUCUUGCCAUUAGUGAUGGGAAACUAGUGGAAUAUGAUGAACCGAUGAAGUUGAUGAAGAAAGAAGGUUCGUUGUAUGGACAACUAGUGAAGGAGUAUUGGUCUUAUUACCAGUCUGCACAAUCACAUUGACUUUAAUUUCAGCUUCAAUUCAUCCAACAAGAGCACAAGAAUGAGAAGAUACAUAUAUAAAAUUGGAAAAUGGUUUUAAACGUAUGGGUUUUCAAAGAAUCAAGGGCGGCGAAGUGAUGGGAUUGGGAUAGAUCUUGUUCUUGAUCGUAUGAUGUGCUAUGGUAAAGUAACUAGAAUUGAAGUUAGAACAUGAAGGCGGCUUUUUGUGGAGGGUUGGUGAACCAAAAAUAUAAUGUAGCUUGGAUUCAUCAUUCCUCCUGUGUAGUGGUGCAGAGAAGUAAAAGUCAUUAUCUUGUGAUAUUUGUGUGUAUAAUUUUGGUGCUAUGAAUUGUAUUUGCCGUCUCCAAUCUUUCGCAUAUGUUAUAUUUUCCAACGA